GGUUCGGCUUAAGUUGUCAGUUGUCAGUAGUUCAGGAUUAAAUCAUAAGGAAAAUGCUUGCGAAUAUGGAACUGCGCAAAUUACCAGCGGGCACUCUUUAUGACGUUAUUAACACUUUAGAAACAAAUUCCGAUUGGAAAAAUGUUAUGUCAAUUAUACCGAAGAAUCUUGGUAGCUCAGAUUUUGAAAGAAAAUAUUCUGAUAAAGACAUAAGACUUAUUGAAAAUUAUUCAAAAAUUAGUAACAGACAAUGUGCAGAAAUAUUAAUUGAUGAGUGGGGGACCUCAGGGAAAAUAAGACCAACAUUGUCAACGCUAAAAGAGAUUGUACAGAAGGCAAAUAUAUUGAAAGCUGCAGACCAAAUUGCAGCUCUUCUUCAUGAGAACCGAGUGCCUCGUCCACCUGAUGGUCCAGGUGCUGACAUUGAUACAGAUGUGUCUAUAAUAUUGAAAAAUGAACAGUUAAAUGAAAGAUUUAAUUCCUUCGAUCCAACUAAGAGAAUUCAAAAUGAUACAUCUAAAGACAAAAAUGUAUGCAACAUUAGCACUGUGCCUAUGAAAACUGAAAACGGAGAUAUCAGCUAUAAUAUACCAGCAAUAGAUAUUUUGCAAACAGUUAAUUUCACAGGUAACUCUACACAAGUUGCGCAAUCAUCAAGAAAUAUACCUAAUUUAGAACUGAUGGUUCCUAAAUCAGAACAGUUCAGUGGCAGUGGCAGUUCAUCUUAUAGUGGUACUACUACUAAUUGUGAAAGUGAAAAACGAACCUCUCAGGAUCAACAAAAGAGUGAAAAUAUUUCCUUCCAAAAAUCAUUACCUAAUAUAUCAGAUUUGCAUAGUCAUAUUGAUAAAGAAAUCUUAGAAGAUACAAAUUUAAUUAAUUUUGAGUACAAGGAAUUAGAAAAUAUAACAUCAAAGUUUUCGGAGACUAUAGUCAAUGGUCCAUUUGGUCCUAGUGGUAAAAUAGGCAGUGGUGGUUUUGGAGAAGUUUUCUUAGGAUAUCAUCCCAAAUACAGAAUACCUCUUGCUGUUAAAAAGAUUCACACCCAUUUACUAUGGCCCACACAUAAACCAAAUAUGGUAAUAGACAUGUUCAAUACUGAAGUUAAAAACUUGAUUCAAUUUAGACAUAAAAAUAUUGUUCCGAUACUGGGAUUCUCAAUGAAUGGACCAGUUCCAUGUAUCAUAUGUGAAUAUGUUGAUGGAGGUUCUUUAGAAGAGCAACUGGCUCGUAAAGUAUUGACGGAAAGACAAAGGAUUAAUAUAAUGAUGGGCACUGCAGAAGGUUUAAAAUAUUUACACACAAGUGAACACAUUAUUCCAAAUACCAGUGCAAAGGGUGACUCCAAUACACAAAAUGUUGUCAAGAAAAAUAAUUUUGUUCACCGUGAUGUGAAGAGUGCUAAUAUUUUGCUCACAAAGGAUUGUGUGCCUAAGAUCUGUGACUUUGGUCUUGUUAAACAAUAUGAAUCAACAUUUGUAACAACAUCACCAAUGGGUACUUCAGCUUACAUGGCCCCCGAAGGAUUUUAUGGGACUAUUACACAGAAAAUAGAUAUUUAUAGUUAUGGUGUUGUCCUUUUAGAAUUACUUACUGGUUUAAAACCCAUUGUGAGUAACAGUAAUAAUGAUAGAAUACAUAUUAAAGAUUUUGUUAAUGAAAGUAUCAAAGAAAAAGGUGAUAUUAGUAGCAUAUUGGAUCCAACGGUUGAAAAUUGGACAAAAGCUAGAGAAAUAUAUGAACUUUCUAGAUGUUGCUUACAACAAGAAAGGUUCAAUAGGCCAUCCAUAGAGGAAAUUUGUGAUACUUUAUCCGAUAUGGGCAAAUAAAUUUUUUAUAUAGGUUGAAAAGGUGGGUUUGAUGUCAAACAUCUCACUGUAUUGUUAUGGAAAAUCAAUCGUUUUAAAGAAUUUAUUUUUCUAAAAUCACAAUUUUUAUAAAUGAAUUAUUGUUCAAUUAUGUAACUGAAUACUAACGAGCUUGUUUUGACAAAUAAAAGAAAUGUUUUAU